AUGAAUAUUGAUAGUGAUCACGAAAAGAACAUUGAUAGUGGUCACGAAAAGAACAUUGAUAGUGAUCACGAAAAGAACAUUGAUAGUGAUCACGAAAAGAAUAGUGAUAGUGAUAGUGAAACGAACAGUGAUAGUGAUAGCGAAACGAACAGUGAUAGUAAAAUGAAUAGUGAUAGUGAUAGUGAAACGAACAGUGAUAGUGAUAAUGAAACGAAUAGUGAUAGUAAUAGUGAUAGUGAAACGAAUAGUGAUAGUGAAAUAAAUAGUGAUAGUAAUAGUGAUAGUGAAACGAAUAGUGAUAGUGAUAGUGAUAGUGAAAUGAACAGUGAUAGUAAAAUAAAUAGUGAUAGUGAUAGUAAAAUGAACAGUGAUAGUGAAACAAAUAGUGAUAGUGAUAGUGAUAAUGAAAUGAACAGUGAUAGUAAUAGUGAUAGUGAAACGAAUAGUGAUAGUAAAACAAAUAGUGAUAGUGAUAGUGAUAGUGAAAUGAAUAGUGAUAGUGAAAUAAAUAGUGAUAGUGAUAGUGAUAGUGAAACAAAUAGUAAUAGUGAAAUAAAUAGUGAUAGUGAUAGUGAUAGUAAUAGUGAAAUGAAUAAUGAUAGUGAUAGUGAUAGUAAAAUGAAUAGUGAUAGUGAUAAUAAAAUGAAUAGUGAUAGUGAUAGUGAUAGUGAAACGAAUAGUGAUAGUGAAAUAAAUAGUGAUAGUGAUAGUAAUAGUGAAACAAAUAGUGAUAGUAAAAUAAAUAGUGAUAGUGAUAAUGAUAGUAAAAUGAACAGUGAUAGUAAAAUAAAUAGUGAUAGUGAUAAUGAUAGUAAAAUGAACAGUGAUAGUGAAACGAAUAAUGAUAGUGAUAGUAAUAGUGAAAUGAACAGUAAUAGUAAAAUAAAUAGUGAUAGUGAUAGUAAAAUGAAUAGUGAUAGUGAUAGUGAUAGUAAAAUAAAUAGUGAUAGUGAUAAUGAAAUGAAUAGUGAUAGUGAUAAUGAUAGUGAAAUAAAUAGUGAUAGUGAUAGUGAAACAAAUAGUGAUAGUGAUAGUAAUAGUGAAACAAAUAGUGAUAGUGAAAUAAAUAGUAAUAGUAAUAGUGAUAGUGAAAUGAACAGUGAUAGUGAAAUGAAUAGUAAUAGAGAUAGUGAUAGUGAAAUGAAUAGUAAUAGUAAAAUAAAUAGUGAUAGUAAUAAUGAAAUGAAUAGUGAUAGUGAUAGUGAUAGUAAAAUGAAUAGUGAUAGUGAUAAUGAAAUGAAUAAUGAUAGUGAUAGUGAUAGUGAAACAAAUAGUGAUAAUGAUAAUGAUAAUAAAACAAAUAGUGAUAGUGAAAUAAAUAGUGAUAGUGAUAGUGAAAUGAACAGUGAUAGUGAAACAAAUAGUGAUAGUGAUAGUGAUAAUAAAAUGAAUAGUAAUAGUGAAAUGAAUAGUGAUAGUGAUAGUGAUAGUGAAACAAAUAGUAAUAGUAAAACAAACAGUGAUAGUAAUAGUGAAAUGAAUAGUGAUAGUAAUAGUGAAACAAAUAGUAAUAGUGAAAUAAAUAGUGAUAGUAAAAUAAAUAGUGAUAGUGAAAUGAACAGUAAUAGUGAAACAAAUAGUGAUAGUGAUAAUGAUAGUGAAAUGAAUAGUGAUAGUAAAAUGAAUAGUGAUAGUAAUAGUGAUAGUGAAACAAAUAGUGAUAGUAAUAGUGAAAUGAAUAGUGAUAGUGAAAUGAAUAAUGAUAGUAAUAGUAAUAGUAAAAUGAACAGUGAUAGUGAAAUGAAUAGUGAUAGUAAUAGUAAUAAUGAAAUGAAUAGUGAUAGUGAUAGUGAUAAUGAAAUGAACAGUAAUAAUGAUAGUAAAAUGAACAGAAAUGAAUAA